UGGCUGGUUGGAAUGCGAGCAUGCAGAAUUUGGUGGUUCACGUUCUCGCCAUGAGGCAGCUGGGACGGCUGAACCCUCGUCACCUCCUGGCUGCAGGAUACGGGCAGAGACGGACCGAGUGGUGUCCCAGAACCAUCCACAUCCGACAGCUGUGGGGCUGCUCCAACUUUUCUGCGCCGGGUGGUCCCAGAUCUGCUCUCCGGGGCAGAGACGCCGCAAAAACCUGGUCGGUUCAGCAGCUGAGGUUUAAAAGUAAGAAGAAAGGCGCUUACGGGACAAGACAGGAGGAGGACGAAGAGGAUGAGGACGACUCAGAGGAGAGUGAUUAUGAAGACGAGGACCCAAAUUUACCCCAAGGUUAUAAAGAUAUGGAGAAAUACGUCCCGUCUUUCCGCUACGACGUCAUCCUUAAGAAUGGACUGGAUCUAGCUCGCAACAAAGUUGAGGACGCCUUUUACGACAACAAGCUGAGACUAAACGGACUGAAACUGAUCAAGAAAAGUAAAGCGGUCAAWGUCGGGGACACCUUGGACCUCGUGGUGUCGGAGGACAACGAGACGAGAAGUGUCACACUGAUGAGAGUCGUCUUAAGAAAGAUUUUAGGGGAAUCCGAAGACAAAGAAAAACACAAAGUUGCUUUAAGACGAUGGAAAAACCUCCAGCUUUCCAAGGAGGAGGCCUACAAGUCAUGAACUUUUAUUUGACAGACUGGAUUUAAACUAUCUUCAACAGUACAGAAGUUUGAGUUAUGGGAGAAAUUUGUAGUUUUACUGUCUCUACUGUAGGAUUCUGACAUUAAAGGUGCAUUUUAAAGUUGUAAACUCUUAAAAAUUCUAGUCUGCUCUGUGUAAAAUCCAGUUUCAAGGAAAAUAUAAUAAAUAAUCUAUAAUUGUCUUUUGCUUCCAAAGAGACAUGUUUUUACAAAAACCUUUUAAAAUAUAAUUUUAGAGACACCUGGAAAGUAAAACAUUAAAUGCUAAAUAAAUAAAAUCAGAGUACCACACCAUAAGUAUUAUAACUUUUAUUAGAAAUGAGUUACCAUGAUCCACUGUCAUGUUCAAUUACUUGUAUAUUAUAAACUUCUAUAAGAAGGUUUAACAUACAGACAAGUUCAAGAAUAACCAGGUAAAGGACAAUAUUUCUGCCCCUGUACACCACAAUGACUUUAAAUCAGGCUGUUUAGUGAUUAAAGUGAACUUUUAAUUCAAGUAAGUUUCUAAAAAUUAUUGCAGCAGCAUUUAAGAUGUACAAGGGAUUACACGAAUGUUCAAAACCAUAAACUAAAUAAAAUUGAUCUUUUGAUA